AUGUCACUCUCGAGAACGCGAUCCGAGGAUUUCACUGAUAACAUCGUUCUUAUAACACCAAGCAUCAAUCAGGCGGAACGGACGCUGGCCGAAUAUGAUGAAACGUGUAGAAGGAUCGGUCUUCAGCUGAACCUAGACAAAACGAUGUUUAUUAGGAACGUAUGGGUUUCUGGUGCCCCAUUCACGCUCAACGGAAAGAGUAUAUCCGAAUGCUCCAGCUAUGUAUAUCUAGGUCGGAAAAUCAACAUGAUGAAUGACUUGACUUCCGAGCUGAGCAGAAGGAAACGAGCGGCUUGGGGAGCAUUCAAGAGCAUCGAGGAUGUAGUGAAGAGGACUAAAAACAUCCGGCUCCGUGCUCACCUAUUCAACACCACUGUUCUUCCUUCUUUGAUCUACACUUUAGAAACAUGGUCGUUUUGCAAGCAGGAGGAAAUGCCAUCAGCAUCAUAG